AUGAGAAGGGAACAGGCGGCCUCCGGCGCGGCUGUGCGCGACGUGCAGCGUCCGUCACUCGCACCGCCUGCCACCAGCCGGGCACAGCCACCGCGUGGGAAACGCCGCGGCGCAGCGGAGCUGGCAGCGCCUCCCGGCGCGCUCCCAACUGUCUUUGGCUACGCGGUUGUGUGUGAGCUGAAUGUACAAAACUCCGAGGGAGGGCAGACAAAUGGGGAGGACGAGGCGGGAACGCGCUCGGAGCUGUUCCGGGAGAGUGCCCGGGAUCCGUUGGGGUCAGCAGAGGCAUCUCUUAUUAGCACAUUUCACAUACGGGAUUGCAAAACAGAGCAGAUUUUCACCCAUUUCAGCUACACAGCGCGUGAGAAACUCCUUUCUCUUGCAGGAGUAAAGUGCAAAUGCUCAAGAAAAGGUCCUAAAAUCAGAUUUUCUAACGUGCGGAAGCUGGAGGUAAAGCCCCGCUACCCGUUCUGCGUGGAAGAGAUGAUCAUCGUGACGCUGUGGACGCGGGUGCGCGGCGAGCAGCAGCACUGCCUCAACCCCAAGCGCCAGAGCACCGUGCGGCUGCUCAAGUGGUACCGAGUGUGGAAGGAGAAGGGCAGGGUUUACGAAGAGUAGAAGGAAACGUCGCGGGAACGGACCAGCCUCCCGGCUCACGUAGGACUGGGCUCCGCAGAAGACAAUUUCUCUCACAGACAUAAGACACAAAUUCUAUAUUAUUAUAAAGCACUUUUUACCAAGGGUCAGUUUUUACAUUUUAUAGCCACGUGCAAAAGGCUUCCAGAUUUCACAAGCAUCUCUUGCACUUCCAGUUUCACACCCGUCUGCUUUGUACCGAGACCGGGAAAACUCAUGCUUUUCAUUUUAAAGAGGUCUCCUUUUUUUUUACUGUUAUUCAUUCAUACUUCACUAUGAUUGCAAUCGAGCUUUAUAAGCUCAUUAGACCAACACGGCUGCUUGUAGGUGUUAGACGGUCGCGUUCGUCCCCG